AUGGCGGUUCCAAACUAUACAGCUCAAAUUGAGAUGCUGGAAAAGAAAAUUGAUACUCUGCAGGCAAAUUAUGCCGCUGACGAUAACGCAUUUUUCCUAUGUUCAAUGGGAUUGAUCAUUUUCUUGAUGCAAUGUGGAUUUGCAUUUCUUGAAGCUGGAACAGUCCGCAGUAAAAACACAAUCAACAUCUUAAUCAAAAACUUGCUUGAUUCUUGCAUUGCUGUUAUCGGUUAUUGGGCUCUUGGUUGGGCUUUUGCAUACGGUGACGCUCCAAACGAUACUGUUGGGCUUUUCAUAGGAUAUUCACAGUUCUUUCUUCAUAAUUUAACUAAUUAUCCGAAAUUCUUCUUCCAAUACGUAUUUGCUGCAACGGCUGCCACAAUUGUGUCCGGUUCCGUCGCUGAACGGUGUGAAUUUGCUGCAUACAUAUCGUAUUGCACAGUUCUCACAACUUUUGUUUACCCCAUUUUAACCCAUUGGGGAUGGAACGAGAAAGGAUGGAUGGCACAAGGAAUUACUUCCGACUAUAUUCACGUGAAAUAUGAUGAUUUCGCUGGAUCUGGACUUAUUCAUCUCUGCGGAGGUUCGAUAUCCUUUGUCGCUGCCUAUGUGAUCGGUCCACGAAUCGGCCGAUUCGCAAAAAAUGAAGAAGAGGAAUCAGAAGAGAUUCUUGGUCACUCUGUUCCAUUCGCCGCUCUAGGAGGAUUCAUUCUAAUGUUCGGUUUCCUUGCCUUCAAUGGCGGAUCAUUGGCUGACAUUGAUAACCCGGGAGAUGGAAAAACCGUGGCUCUUGUGAUGACGAACACGAUUCUCAGCGGAGCUUUUGCAGCCCUUACGUAUCUCAUUGUUCACUACGCUCAUCACGGAAAAUGGUCACUCCUUUUAACAAUUAACGCCUGUUUGGCUGGAAUGGUGGCCUCGUGCGCCGGCUGCAACAAAAUGGAGCCAUGGGCAUGCGUUUAUAGCGGUGUCGGCUCUGCACUGCUCUACUUGGCGUUGAGCAAGUUGAUGAUUAGGUUGAAAAUCGACGACCCACUUGACGCUUUUGCAGUACACGCAGGUGGCGGCUUCUGGGGUCUUACUUCUGCUUCAAUCAUUGCUCCUGGUGGUGUCGCUUAUGCAGUGGUUAAUUCUAUUGGCGGUGCUUCUGACGGUAAUCAUCAAGUUGCGCAGGCUUUUGCGCAACUUGGGUGGCAAUUAAUUUGCGCUCUUGCAAUUAUUACCUGGUCAAUUCUAACAAUGUGGCCGUUAUUCCUUUUUCUUAAAAAGAUUGGCAAACUUCGUGUUAGCGACGAAGUCGAAAUUAAUGGACUUGAUAUUUUCAAGCAUGGCGAAUCCGCCUAUCCAUUAUAUGCCUAUGGUCAUGGAUGGCAUGACUUCGAAAAGGCUCCGAGUCGCGGGCAUUACAACAAGAGUCAAAUUCCAAUGGCUCGAAAGCAAACAAGAGUGCAAAGCAUCCAUCCAGAAAUGAACUUGGAGCAGUGCGCUGCCGUUUACAGUCGGAGCAACAGUGUUGUUGCCAAUGAGCAUACAAAACGGCUGUUUAUGAAUCAGUUUGAUAGAAAGAGAUCGAGAAUUCACGAUGAGGGGCCAAUGAAUGAAAUGAAUGAAUAUGACACAGAACCGACAAGAAUCGCUAUAUCAAAUGGGACCUUUGAUGAGCAACAUGAACACAUUAAAUAUUGA